AUGAGUGACCAACGCUCACCUUCAGAGCAAGGUCACUCUGUGCAAAGAUCAACUGACAUAGUCAAUGAAUUAAAUGCUCUGGUUUAUCAAUACCAAACGCAAACAGCAAAUCUAAAUGCUGUCUUACAAGGCAACCCAAUUAAUGUGACACCUUUGAGCGAAAAUUAUGAUAAUUCUGCUACUGAGGACUUUGAAAUGAGUAAUGAAAGUGAUAGUAAAGUGGAAUGGCAAACUGUGACAAGCAAAAGACGUCAGUUAGGCUCUCCCACUAUUGAUCACAAGCGAACAAGGACAGAAGGCAAUAAAAACAUAGUAGAAAAUAUUAACAAUACUAUAAACAACAACCACAACAAUAUCAUAAUCAGCAACUCCAGCAGCACAAACAUGUUUGCCGGAUUACAAGACGAGUCAGACGGUAAUAAUGGACAGCAGAAUGAAGAAGAGACUACACCAAAACCACCACCAAUUAUUAUACCAAAUAUAAGCGACAUUAGCGGUACCAGCAGUGAUGAAGUAGAGAUAUUGAACUUUCUUGAAUCUCCAUGUCAAAUGGACUUACCAAUCAGUAAGAUAGCAAAUAAUGAAGUUACUACAGAAAUUCAUAGAUUAAAUAACUACAAAUCACCUGGAUAUGACUACAUCGAUAGCAAAUGGAAAUGUGCCAUUGUGGUCAUGGUGCCAAAACCCAAUAAACCCGAGAAUAGUGUCAAGCCUUACCGUCCUAUUAGUCUGCUGGUAACAUUUUCGAAAAUAUUCGAAAGAAUAUUUUUGCAAAGAAUGUUGCCUGUAAUUGAGGAUCAUAACAUCAUACCUGAACAUCAGUUUGGGUUUAGAGUUCGAAGUGAGGAAAUUGACAAAUGUAAAAUUGAAGGCUGUUCGGAUAGUGAAGCUACUUUUGAAAACCAGGAAAUUCAGAAUGACCUGAAAUUAGAAAAUGUUAACAAUAUUUUACAGGAACUUGUUUUACCAAACCUUCUCUUCUCUCUUCAGGACUACGACAAGGAGAUCAUCAGCCAUAAAAUUAACUCACCGAUUAGUAAUAGUAGCCUACAUGACUUGCACCAUCAGAACUCUUAUGACAAGGAUCACGUCAAAGAGUUGGAAUUCUAUCAAAGUUUAGCCAAGGCUGCAUCACUGGCCAAUCACAAUGAUACACAUUCGCAUCAGUCGCAUGAAUCACACGAAAUGUCGCCACCCACCUCGCCACAGCCGAUGCAAAUCGAUACCGAUGUGGGGGAGGAUUGCGAUGCACGAGAUCAUCUCAAUCAUUUGUCCGAUGCUGAGGAUCAUGAACAACAGGCGAAAGCCUCAGCAUCGGCUUUGGCGGUAGCAGCAGCGGCAGCGCAAGCGCAUUUGAACGGAACUAUGCAAGACAUGAUAAAUUUACAAAAAUUACAAAAUUUAGCCACGCUUCAGCAGCAGCAGCAACAACAACAACAACAGCAACAGCAACACCAUCACCUGCAACACUCAACCGGCGGCAAUGGCAUUCACCAUCAUCACCACCACCUUCACUCGCAACAUCCUCAUCUACAUACGCCACCCGAUGGCACUGCAACACCGGUCAGUGUGGGGCAGAAUGUCACACCGGCUACGGCUGCAGCAUUAGCAAGUCUUCAGGGAUUAGCUGCAGGUAUCAGCGCUUCAGCGGCAGCAGCAGCAGCACUUAAUUCACCACUCAAUUUGACUGUUGGGUCCAGUACGAAUGGCUGUAGUGGCCUUAGCGGCUGCUUACCACCAGUUGGAGCCACCGCCACUGGCCCACAUAGCGCACCUUGUUCCCCCAGUGCUCUUUCCGCUUCGAAUGUUUUAGCUGCAGCCGCGGCUGCCGCAGCGGCAUCUAAUAACAAUAACAAAGUCAUGUCGCAUGCUGGCAAUUGUGGCAACGGUCAAGAUAACCCCGGCACUACAUCACCCAACUCGAAUUCGGUCCAGGCGCAGACAAUGGCUCAGAACACGUUGGCAAAUGUGUUGAAUUCGGCUGCGGCAGCUGCGGCGGCCGCAGCAGCAGCUGGUGCAGCAGCCACCGCGUCACCUCCGCCGGCUUUGUCGACGCCAGCAAACAGCGCUCAAAUGCCGCAAUUGAUACUCGCAUCGGGGCAGCUGGUACAAGGCGUGCAGGGGGCGCAACUGCUCAUACCAACAGCGCAAGGCAUUGCCGUACAGACCAUUCUCACAAUUCCAGUCAGUCCGCAGAUCAACACAAAUGAGCAGUUUUUGCAAAACUUCGGUGCCUUCGCAUCAUUCCAGCAACACCAGCAGCAGCAACAAGCGCUUUUGCCACCUCCGCUACCACCAGCGCUUGCCGCUUUACAACAUGCCUCAACACUACCCCAACUUGCGCAAACCCCAACGAAUUUACUCAAGCCAAACUUGUUCUCGAGUAGCGUUCAGCAGUUAUUGGCCGCGCUGCAUCCGGAAUUGUUUGCUGCCGCCGCAGCUAACCAUCACUUGCAUGCAUCGCCACAAGCAUCACAUCAUGCAAUGCAUCAGGCGCAGCAGCAACGCGCUGAUCAACAAUCGGCAGCGCCACCGCCACAUCUCGCCCACCUGCCACCACCGCCGCACCACCACCUUGCCGCCCAUUCGCACUCUUUGUCGAAUGAUUUGCAUUUAGCUGCUGCAGCCGCUGCAGCAGCAGCGCGUAACACUGAACGUGGCGGCCAUUCACCAUCCAGCUCGCCACCGUCGCAUAGCAUUAGCGGUGGAGGAGAACGCACAGGCACUUCUAGUUCGUCGUCUAGUACAAAAGCCGCCGCUGCAGCCGCGGCUGCGGCCGCAGCAGCCGCCUACCAUCUGCAACAACAGUUGCAUAUCAAACAAGAAACGUCGCCGCGUCAUCAUCAUCAUCACACGCUGCACCCGCAUUCCCAUCGUGGUGGCGCACAUCAUCACUCGCUGCGGCAUCCGGUAGAUGAGCUACCCUCACCAAACCGGGAAAUUGGCAAGUCAGCAGGCUCAUCCUCUUCGAUAAAUUCAAUGAAUAUUCCACAGGAUGUUAGCGCAUCACCUCCGCCUGGACUUAGUGCGCAUCACCACCAUUUCCACCAUCGCAGUAGUGGGUUAGGACCGGGUCACCAGCCUAGCACAACACCGUCGCCGCGCCCAAACUCGUCCACCUCGAUGUGUACAAUGACGUUACGCGACCGUGAUAGAGACAGAGAUAGAGAUAGAGAGAGGGAGAGGGAAAGAGACCGAGAGAGGGAGCGCGACCGCGAUCGGGACAGAGAAAAGGAACGUGAGCGUGAGCGUGAGCGCUGCGAACGCACCGAAACCCUUGCCAAACGCAGUCCAAAUCGUAGCGGUGGCUCGCUCAACAAUGGGCCCGGUGCUGGUGUGUGUGGUAGCAUCAAUCUCAGUCAACAUUCUAUAAAACGUGAAAGGGAACGUGAACGCGAGCAUUUGAGACGUUCUUCUUCACCGACACUCGGCUCCGGCUCCAGCUCAACACAAUUGACAGUCACUGGUCGUAAUUCCUCCUCCGUAGCUAAUGCUCUCAGUUCUUCCUCCUCCAACCCAUCCUCAGUUAAUGCAUCGGCGUCAAUAGCAUCCGCCUCAGUAUCCGCAAGUGGCAAUCAGCAUCACCAACACGGGCAUCACUCACACCUGCAUCAUCCAAGUCAUCAUCAGCCCCAUCACAAUCUACACCAUCAUCCGCAUUCGCUCUCGUCAGGCGUCCCAACAAGUUCGGCUUCCGCGUCAUCGGCCACCGGCGUAUUGUCAUCUUCAACGUCAACGACAUCCAACGAAAGAGGCUAUUCACCUCCUUUGCGAGGCACUGCUGGUCAAUUGUUCCGCACCCACUCACCAUCACCUUCCUCAACAGCGGCGGUGGCGGCCAUAACACACUUACAUCAUCAUCAACAUCAGCAGCAACAACAACAACAUCAGCAUGGUCAACAUGCACACAAUAUGAGUUCACCGCACGAACGAGAUUUCCUAGGAAAUGGCGGCGGACUGAGAACAUCUCCGUUGGGUAUUGGUGUUGGUGGCAACGGAGGAGUUGGCGGCACAACGAUAGGAAUGGGCGUUGGACCAUCCUCGUCUGCGACAUGUGCAGCGGCUAACAUGCUCAAUAGCAUUAAUAGACUCUCCGCCUCCGCGAAUGGUGAAUUGACCAUAACAAAAUCAUUAGGUCCCCCAUCAGCGACCGCCAUACGUGCUUCCUCUGCCUCGCCUACAUCACCGGGUCCCAGUUCGUCGGCGCUGGGCAUAAACACCUCAUCCGCCUCGCAUUUGGUGCAUCAUCCCCAUCAUGGCAUGCACCCCAUGAAGCACAGUCCGACAACCAGCUCAGUACUACAACGUGAACGCGAACGCGAACGAGAUCGCGAGCGGGAUCGAGAAAGAGAAAGAGAGCGCGAGAGAGAAAGAGAGCGUGAACGUGAACGCGAUCGUGCCAGCGGCAGCGGUCAUGGAGAACCACCUUUACAGCUAUCACCCAAUGGCACAGAGGGUUCCAGCGUUGCACACGAUCUUCUAAUGGAUUCACCGAAUGAGCCCACCAUUAAUCAGGCGACCACAAAUGUCGUUGAAGGCAUCGAUUUGGAUGAGAUUAAAGAAUUUGCCAAAGCAUUUAAGCUGCGUCGCCUAUCAUUGGGUCUCACACAGACACAAGUGGGCCAGGCAUUGUCGGUUACCGAAGGACCAGCCUACAGCCAGAGCGCCAUAUGCAGUGCACUCGCCGCACAGAUGUACGCCGCCCAACUGUCGUCGCAGCAGCAGAACAUGUUCGAGAAAUUGGAUAUAACACCAAAGAGCGCGCAGAAAAUAAAACCAGUUUUAGAGCGUUGGAUGAAGGAGGCCGAAGAGAGUCACUGGAAUCGCUAUAAAUCUGGGCAGAAUCACCUAACCGAUUAUAUUGGCGUGGAGCCUUCAAAGAAGCGCAAGCGACGCACUUCGUUCACGCCACAAGCUUUGGAGCUGUUAAAUGCGCAUUUCGAGCGCAAUACACAUCCAUCGGGUACCGAAAUCACGGGUUUGGCGCACCAAUUAGGCUAUGAACGCGAGGUAAUACGCAUUUGGUUUUGUAACAAACGGCAAGCGCUGAAGAAUACAGUGCGCAUGAUGUCCAAAGGUAUGGUGUAAGGAGAAGAGCUGGGAAGAAGGAUACAGCACUUCCUUCGAGAAAUGUGGAGCAGAAACCUUUGCUGGAGAAGGUGUAGCUAAUUUUAGUUCAGCCAGCAAGCACUUGGAUGGCAGGAAGGCGCUUGUAGAGAGAGAAUUCUGUGUGUGAACGAGAGUUUUAAACUAAAAUUUUAUAUACAAGUGAGUUUCCUCGAAGGCUCUUUGCAAGCAUUUAAGGAAAGUAUUGUUUGUUCAAAAAUUUUUCGCGGUGUAUUUGAAAGUCAUCGCACAAUGAGAAAGAAAAUUCAUCUAACUUUCGCCAAUUCAUCUAACUCGCUGCAGAAGAAUGCUACAAAUCCUUAUUUAUUUAUAAGUUUGUACAAAAUUAACUUGGGCGCGCCAGUAAUCAAUAGUCUAUGGCCAGCUGUUGAUUUAUUUAGCGACCGUAACUUGCAUUAAUAAGGAGAGAAUGUCUCAUGAGUUCAAAGAAGCAUAGGUAAACACUUAUAAAAUUAUACAUACAUACAUAUAUAUAGGAGAUUUUUUAUAUAAAAACUACUUUUGCCCUAACAAAGAAUAGUGUCUCAUGAUUUCCUCUUACAUUGUCACUAAUGGAAUGAAAUGCGUGAAACAUAAAUUUUUAAUAUAGCCACGAAGAAAACGUUAAGAGGUGUACUUGUAAAAAUUGUGUGCGUAUAGGAAAUGUGAUAGCCACAAUGGAAAUAUUUAAGUCAAAAUAAAAUAAAUAAUAAUAAUAAUAAAUCACAGUAUGCUAGUUCUAAUACACACACACACACAUGCAUAUAUGUAAAUAUGUGUCUGCAAAUAGGCGGAAAAAAAAUAAAAUAGUGUAAGUAUAUGAAUGUGGCAUUGCUUGUUUGCUAAUAGAACAGGGGGGUGAGCGCAAGAAAAGCGUUAAAAAUGUAAAAUUAUUCAAAAUUUCUUGGCGAAAUUUGAGGAAUUGCCCUACCCUGGUGCAGUAGCAAACUAGCAUUGUCUCCGUACUGGUAGUAAAACAAGAGAAAGCUGAAAAAUGUGUGUUUAAAACGGUACUCAAAUAGGCCAUGGACAUUGUAAAUGGUGUGUCAUACGUAUGUUUAAAACAAACUAUGCAAUACAAUUUAUGUUUAUUUGUAUGCUUUGAGAAGCAGUUAAAUAAAUAUUAUACUAUAAUAGCAGCCAAUUCAUUUAGCCAAACUAAGCAUUGUAUACGAAUAUCUAGCGUACUAACAUACAUACAUAAGUGCUAAUUAAGAUACUUUUGGUAAGCUGCAUAGUUGCUUAGGUAAGUGUGUAUAUACCAUGAAACGCGAUAGUUAAGAAGGGAUAUGAAAUGUUUCACACCGACUACAUUAAAAAAGAAAUACUUCUUUUAAACAAGGAAGUCGCUUUGUUGUUUGAUUUGAAUUUAAGUUUCAAGCAAUUCAAUAUGCAAUUUUUGAGAACAAUUUUUAAAAUUAAUUUCUGAAUAAAAGUUUAGCAAAUAUUUUUUGAAAAUGAUAAUAAUUUAAAAAAUGUAUUUCCUUUCUUUUUAGUUUUCGUAUUUUUAUUUUGUGAGCUCAAUAACGGUUUAGUAAUGAAAUAAUAAACUCAAUUACUGCUAUUAUUUAUUUGUUAUAAUUUGGUUAUAUGUAAUUAAAAGUCACCUUCAGAAACUCUAGGCUGUGCCUGGUAAAUUCAAAUAACUUUUGAAUAAAAGUUUAGCAAAUCAAAAAACAAAAUCAGUUAUUGCUAUUAUUUAUUUUCCGAUAUUCGGGCCGGAAUUAAAAGUCACCUGCAGAAGUUCUGGAUUUUUUCCGUAAAUUUCAAAUGAUUUUUGUAGAAGGUAUUUGAAAAAAGCUUUUGAAAAUAAUUUGAGAAAAAAUUUUGCAAAAACUAAUUUAAAAAAAUUUUUAGAAGUAGUUUUUGAAAAUAUU